CCGGGGAACCUGUUGUGUGUGUAUUUUUGGCGUUGGUUACGGCGCUACAGUGACCAGGUUUGUACCAUUAAAGGUUCGUACAAGUACUUAUGACUGGACAUUCCUAUGUCACCGGCAAUCUCAUUACAAUAUAUUCAUUGAAAUAUAUAAUUAUUUUACCGUGAUACCAGUGUCAAGGACUGCCAUCUACUGCUCAUAUCAUCACAAUGCACCCGGGGAAAUCCCCUUUUUAGUGACGCACAUUAGAUCGUCAACACGGAAGAAGAAGGUGAACCAGCUAACAGCAACAAACAAGUCUCGCUCAAAAUUUGCUCUAUCCCGAUCAAUACAGGUACGGUCCUAGUCGAUUACCUACACGCUUUUAUUUGAUCUCUCAGACAUGCUGGGAGGAGGAUUUAAAGCUGAGAGACUUAAAGUCAACCUGCGACUUGUCAUCAACCGACUCAAGCUCCUGGAGAAAAAGAAAACCGAGCUUGCCCAGAAAGCCAGGAAGGAGAUUGCCGAUUAUCUGUCGGGGGGUAAGGAUGAACGUGCACGUAUCCGCGUCGAACACAUUAUCCGGGAGGACUACCUGGUUGAGGCCAUGGAGAUCCUUGAGCUCCACUGUGACCUGCUGCUCGCACGGUUCGGCCUCAUCCAAUCCAUGAAGGAGCUGGACCCCGGCCUUCAGGAAUCUGUGUCAACACUCAUCUGGGCCGCUCCGCGACUCCAGUCAGAGGUGGCUGAACUCAAAAUUGUGUCCGAUCAGCUGUGUGCUAAAUACAGCAAGGAGUAUGGCAAGCUGUGCAGGACAAACCAGAUCGGCACUGUCAAUGACCGGCUUAUGCACAAGCUUAGUGUGGAGGCCCCUCCUAAGAUUCUGGUCGAGCGUUACCUCAUAGAGAUCGCCAAGAACUACAACGUGCCCUAUGAGCCCGACGCCAUGGUUCGGCCUGAAGUCUCUCCUGGUGAGGAGGCCGACCUGAUCGACGUUGACAGUGACAAUAAGCCCCGCGGUGGUGGUGGUGGAGGAGGAGGGGGGGGCUUCAGUGCCCCGGGUAUGGGUAUGCCCAUGCCCAUGCCCAUGGGUAUGCCCAUGCCCAUGCCCAUGGGUAUGCCCAUGCACAUGCCCUCAGCCUUCAACUACCCAUCUAAAGGACCAGAACCCUACGGCCCCCCUGUUGGAACCUAUGGUGACCACUUCCCUGUGGGAGGGGGGAAGCCCCCCCAGCUGCCUACCUGCCCCCCCACAUACGAGUCUAUCGAUGACCUACCUAUCACUCCUUCUGUCCCCUCCCAGUCCGUCGCUUCCACGCAGUUCUACGACAACAACGCUCUGCCAGAGCUGCCCUCUGUCCCCGAUACGAUGCCAAACAGCUCGGUGGGUGGACACACCACCUCUUCCUCCGACGACAUCGACUUUGACGACCUCUCGCGGCGCUUUGAGGAGCUCAAGAAGAAGACUUAAGCUCCUCAGCUGUUUCUGAAUCACACUGUAGCUGAGUUAGACUCUGUCCCCUCUCCCUCACUUUUCCUCCAAGCCAAGGAAGGUCUUCUCAAAUGUCCCUUUCGACCUUGCUAUUAGAUCUCUGACCCAAGUCGUCCUCUUAAUGUUUACACACACACACACACACACACACACACACACACACACACACACACACACACACACACACACACACACACACACACACACACACACACACACACACUUUAAUUUCUGAAGCAGUUCAUUUGAUUGAGUUGUGCUCUCAGCAGAACUUUGAAUGUGCACAGUUUUUUUUUUUAACAAACCCAAUUUCACAUAUUGUACUUUGACUAGAAGGUUAUGCUUCUCUAUUGUCUUUAAUGUCACUUUGGCCUUAGCUCACAUUUGGCAAAAAGUCUCCAAACCAGUCUUACCAGUCCUUCCACCUUGCUAGUUUAUUUUGGUAUUUGCAAUAGAGCUGAUGUAAGUACUAGGUUAGCUGGCCGGGUCUGACUCCGGUGCUCUGUCGUUUUAUAUCCAACUGGAAGAAUGGGCUCAGCUCAGUUGGCUUAAUAAACUGGUCAUCAGGUUAACAACACCGUUAACAUGUCUAGAAUUACUUAUGGCUGGAGAAUUUCCUUCUACACAAACAUUAUUUAUCGUGGGGUAGCUGCUUUCCCUAAAUGUAGGAAUAUAUAUAGUCUAAUAAAUAUAUAUAAACUGGUGAAAAAUAUGUGGGAUAUAACAACAUAAUGGUCUGCUGGAUAUGCAGAACACUCCUAGUAAAGUCAAUCUUUAACUAUUUAAAACUUUUUCCGAGAUUAUAGACUGAACUGUAAACGAAGAAUAAAACAAUUUCAAAUGACUAUCCUUUACAAAAUGUUUUCCUGUGAGUGCUGUAGGCCUCCAUUACCUGAUGGGGUAUGGGUGCCUCAUUUGCAUGCUGGUCAUUUCCUUGACCUACUCGCUCGCCUUAUGUGGCCACUCCCUCCAGUGGCCUUGCUCAUAGGUCGACAGAUAUUGACACUAAACCUGAAAGGGUGUUUUUUCACUUCUGUAUCCUCACACUAAAAAGGUUGUGAUGAGUCAUUUGUUCAGUCUUCUACACCCGACUGUAUGAGGUAUGUAAGGCGUGUUAAACCUGACAGGAACACUACCAGUUCUUAAGUCAAUGACACUUUUUUUUCUGUUCUUUGUGGAGGGCUUACUCAAAUCAUUGUUUAAUAAAAAUGUUUUGAAAUAAAAA